AUAUAAUAUUGCUUCUUGGUUCAUUCUAGCUAAUUUUGAUGGCUCUUCCAAUUUGUCUCACCGUUAUUGCAAUUUUCACCCUUUGUUGUGUCAUUAAUUGUAACAAUGGCGUUGAAGCGUUUCAUGACAUAUACCCGGAUCUUCAAUCCAUUUCAGCACGUUCGGUGAGCAAACUUCAGAGAACUGGAUACCAUUUUCAACCUCGUAAGAAUUGGAUCAAUGAUCCAAAUGGGCCCAUGUACUACAAUGGAAUCUACCAUCUAUUUUACCAAUACAACCCAAAAGGAGCAGUUUGGGGCAACAUAGUGUGGGGACACGCAGUAUCAAAGGACCUCAUCAAUUGGAAAGAACUUGAACCUGCCCUAUACCCAUCAAAACCCUUUGACAAAUACGGGGUUUGGUCCGGGUCAGCCACUGUACUCCCGGGUAAAGGACCCGUAAUCCUUUAUACUGGAGUCAUUGACAAGCAAAGCAAUGAGGUCCAAUUGUAUGCCAUACCUGAAAACAAAUCCGACCCAUUUUUAAGAAAAUGGGUCAAGCCUAAGGCCUUUAACCCGAUUGUGGUCGCGGAUCACAGCAUGAAUGCUAGUGUUUUCCGCGACCCAACCACCGCAUGGUGGAGCAAAGAUGGACAUUGGAGGAUGUUGAUUGGUGGUAGAAGAAAAGAUAGAGGAAUGGCCUAUUUAUAUAGAAGUAAGGAUUUUGUGAAGUGGAUCCAAGCCAAGCACCCGAUCCAUUCGGCUGCAUCCACGGGCAUGUGGGAGUGCCCGGAUUUUUAUCCCGUUUCUUUGAAAGGGAAAAACGGGUUAGACAUAUCCGUAGUUGGGAGUAGUAGUAUUAAGCAUGUUCUCAAGAAUAGCCUUGACCUUACUAGGUAUGAGUACUACACAAUUGGAACAUACUUCAAAAAUAAGGAUAAGUAUAUUCCGGAUAACACUUCGGAAGAUGGUUGGGGUGGACUUAGAUAUGAUUAUGGCAACUUUUAUGCUUCCAAGUCAUUCUUUGACCCAAGCAAGAAUCGAAGGAUCUUGUGGGCUUGGGCAAACGAAUCAGAUUCCAAAGAAGACGAUGUUAAGAAAGGAUGGGCAGGGAUUCAGUCAAUUCCUAGAACCGUGUGGCUUGAUUAUGGUGGGAAACAGUUGGUGCAAUGGCCAGUUGAAGAAUUAAAUAGUCUUAGAAAGAAAGAAGUUAAAAUAAGUCACCAAAAGCUUAAGAAGGGACAGCAUGUUGAAGUUAAAGGGAUUACUGCAGCUCAGGCUGACGUGGAAGUUACCUUCUCAUUCUCAAGCUUGGACAGGGCAGAGCCAUUUGAUUCUAGGUGGGUGAACGCACAGGAUCUAUGUUCACAAAAGGGUUCAAAGGUUCAAGGUGGGGUUGGGCCAUUUGGGCUUUUGACUUUGGCUUCAGAAAAAUUGGAGGAGUUUACUCCAGUGUUCUUCAGAAUUUUUAAAGCUCCAAACAAGCACGUGAUUCUCAUGUGCUCCGAUGCAAGAAGUUCCUCUUUGAAGAGAGAAUUGUACAAGCCAUCAUUUGCAGGCUUUGUGAAUGUGGAUUUAGCCAAAAAUAAAAAGCUCUCUCUCAAGAGUUUGAUUGAUCACUCAGUAGUGGAGAGUUUUGGAGCCGGAGGAAGAACAAACAUCUUGUCUAGGGUUUAUCCUACCCUAGCAAUAAAGAAAAAAGCUCAUUUGUUUGUGUUCAAUAACGGUACUGAGCAUAUCACCGUGGAAUACCUAAAAGCAUGGAGCAUGAAAUCUGCACGUCGAAACUAAAAAAUAGUCAGCUAGAAAUUAGUACAAAUAAAUGAAUCAAGUAGAAACAAUAAUACCUCUUAUUCUCUUGUUUUCUACAAAAAGAGGUCUAACUUUUAGCCUUCUGUCCAUGGUGUUGUACUCACCUAGCACGAUAAGCUACUACAUUGACAUAUACUGGUUUUAAUUUUACGUAAACGAAAUUUAAAUGUA